CGAAGCCUUCCUCUCCUCUUCUCCCAUCUACAGGACCAGCCGAACAAGUAUCAAACAUUCCAGAACGACAUGACUACCCACGACGAGACAGAAACGGCCACAGAACCAACACUUGGACGGCCGUUGACGAAGCUUGCCAAUGUCGAAGUCAAGAAGAAGAGCCAAUCACUCUUUACGACCGCCCCGUUUCGGUGCGAUGCUCCUAGCCGUGGGUAGCGGCACGGGUAACGGCAUGGAAGAUCCCAUCAAUCAUCAGACUUUUGUGACGAGACUUUGGAUACCUUGCGUCAAAGUCGAUCCAAUCCAAGACACCCAAUCAACAAUCACCUUAUCUCGGGGCUCAUCCGUCUCUUUCGCGACUUUGAGCCGCACAAUGGAUGGCUUCUUGGAGAAGCGACACAGCGACGUCGACGCAGGGCUCGCGAAGCGCCAGCCACCGCCAGCCGCCACCAGACGGCACUGACUACAAGCAAAUCGUAGCCUGUACAUACGAGACAGCAGCGAGAAAUUCCCAGCAACAGGUCUAUUAGUCUAGUUGGUUAGGACGUCGGAUUCUGACUUUCAGAACCUUCCGUAGGCCCAGGUUCGAAUCCUGGAUGGACCUCAUCUCUUUUGCCGAUCCUCAGAAAUAUCCCAAUCGACGAUAGAAUCCUCUUUUUACAUCAUAUGCUUCCAAUCACCUCACGCUGGAUUCCAUCCGAGCGGGACAGUCUGCUUCGUUGACUCGGUUCAAACAAUUCGCUUGCGCCUGCGGUCCGAGACGCAAAUGACGGCUUUUCGGCCUGCAUGCCGCGGGAUCAUGACAAGCGACCACGCACUGACGGGUUCUCGACUUUUGAAACGAGCACUUCAUCCCCGAACAUGAGAGGAACAUCAUUCUCUCUCUCGUUCUUUCUCUCUCUCCCUCUCUUAUUCGCAACUCAAGAGCUGACAUUGGUCAAUUGAACCAUGGGCGAUACUUCGUCUAUUGAGGGUCUGCUUAUCGAGGGUCCGUCUAUCCGUAUCGCACGUCACCAGCGCCCUCACGGAACCAGUCGUCUGCCGCCAGCGCCUCCUCUGGGCUUGCAUAGCUGAUGAUUGUGCUCUUGGUCGUCGUGUAGGCCUGGUAUGCAUCGAUACCGUUCUCACUGCCAACACCGCUCGCGCUCGUUGCGCCACCCCACGGACUGCUGGGGUCGUUUCGAUGGUGCGUAUUCACCCACACGAUGCCUGCGUCGAUUUCUUCAGACACUCGAAACGCUUGCGCCACGUCCCGCGUCCAGAUGCCCGCUCCUAACCCGAAUUCACUGUCAUUGGCGAGUGCGAUGGCCUCUGAUUCCGUCUUGAACGGCGCCACCACAACCACCGGCCCAAACGCUUCCUCCCGCCAGAUGCGUGACUUGAGGAUGUCGCCCUCGGCACGAGACACCAGCACUGUCGGUUCAAAGUAGUAUCCCUUGGCAAAGUCGAUUCCAUCCAGGCUACUGGUUCCAGACAUGCGACGACCGCCAGUGAAGGCUGCGCCUUCUGCAGCAAGCGCUUCAUUCACAAGCGCCUCUACGUUUGACAAUUGCUUCGCCGACACCAGCGGGCCCAUCAUGGAUUCCUGAUUGCUCGGUGAGCCCAUCCGCCGGACAAUAGAUUCGGCCUUGGCUUUCAGCUUCUCCAACACUGACUGCAUGAUCCCUUCCUGGACAAGAAUUCUGGUACUGGCGACGCAUGUUUGUCCGCUAGCAAUGAAGGACCCGAAUGCGAUGCCAUUGACUGCAACAUCCACAUCGGCCUGUUCGAAGACGAUCAGCGGCGCUUUACCUCCCAGUUCCGCCGUGUACCGCGCCAGAUUGCCGCCGACAAUCGAGCCAAUGGCUCUCCCAGCCACAGUUCCGCCAGUGACGUCGACUUUGCGAACAAGCCGAUGUUCGACGAGGGCCUUGCCAGUUGUUGCGCCGUAUCCAGGAAGCACGUGGAACACUCCGUCGGGCACACCAGCUUUCUGCAAGAUCUUGCCCAACAGCAGCGUCGUGAGCGGUGUCAGUUCACUCGGCUUCACCACAACGCUAUUUCCCGCUGCAAGGGCGGGCGCUAUCUUCUUGACAGCAAUCAGGAGUGGGUGGUUAAAAGGCGUGAUCUGUACCACAACACCCAGCGGCACACGGUCAAUCCAGUUGUGCAGCUUGCCCACAGUUGGCAGUACCGCACGCUCUUCAGUGCGUAGUAGGGCGGCAUAGUAUUUAAACCACUUGACCAACGUGGGCACCUGAGCGCGCAUCUCGCGUAUCGCGCGUCCGGUUUGGCGCACCUCGAGAGGAAUCAGCGAGGGCAGGUCUGCGGUGAGCAGCUCAGCCGUCUUGUCGAGAACAUCGGCGCGAACAUGACGGGGCGCUCUAGACCACGUUCCGGCCUUGAAGGUUUCGUGCGCCAGACGAAUCGUUUCUUCAACGUCUUCCAGGGACGCUGCGUGACAGCUGCACGCAUUCGGAUGCCAGUCAGUCUCACCCGUGUGGGAAAUAAUUGCGGACGGGGCAUCGAAGUUGAGGCUGAGGGCUGAGAACUUACUUGGCAAAGAUCUCACCUGUCGCGGGGUCUUCGACCGGGAUCCUGUUGGCGUGUGAGAGUCGAGCAUCAGCACAAGUGUGAGUAUGAGCAUGAGCAUGAGCAUGAGCUCGAGCACCGAUAAGCGCCCUGCAGCCCCUCGCGCGGGGUACUGCGAAGCUUCGAAAGGUGAAGAAAGGGAAGAAAAGGUCACGAACUGAUCUGCAUGACCAGGCUUCUCCUGGCCUCCCACCCAGAGGUUGUAUGGCUGUCCUGUCAUCUUGUCUCUUGUGCGGCUGUCACUCAGAGUUUCGUCGGUUCAAAAAGCCACCUCGCAAGGAAAGGACGCCCGCGGCGUGCCAUUUACCUUUUAUUGGGGUGGUAAGCAAUCCAUCUGCCUUUAAAUCCAACUGCGGGGAACUAUGCGGGAUGCAUCGAUAGCCAACUCCGGCCGGCUCCGUGCUACUAUGCUCCACUCUGGGCAUCCAUCCUCGGCCGCGAUAACAGAGUCUUUCUAUUCACCUUACUUUCCGGGGUUGGUUCACUUUGUCAACCUAUUUCGUAACACGCGAUGCAAACCACAGACAGGGAUCCCCAUCAAAAUGCAAGAUCACAACAAGCUUAGAGGCUAGGGCCAACAGUUUCGCUAGCUUUGGUCUCCCCCGCCAAGCAGAGAACGGAUGGGGUAAUAGUUGACAUAGCCCAGCCUUGAAGGUGGAACGGCUGCAAGUGUUAUACUUCAAGGGGGCACGAUCUCGCUCGGCUUCUGUACGAAACGCACACACUCUCUCGACAAAGCCUGUUUCUCGGUGCUGCAGCAUCUGCACAACGCAAUGAACCAUUUGACCAACGGUCUGCUCAGACCCUGCUUCAAACCUACGGGAAACCUCCGUACACAUGCAGAGACGCCUUGGAAGCUGCCAUGGACUUGGGCCCAAAAUUUCCGGCCAAGACGGAUGGCAUCUCUUAUGCCAUAUAACCCGGCGUCCUACAACUUGGCUCGCAGGCCUGUGACGCCAGUCAUUUGGAUUUCUGUUCAACGUUUGGAUUGAUUCGCCUUUGCCUGGUCUUGUCUUGGUCUGCGGCUGGAAGUCUUGUCAGAGCUCUCGGCAGCCAACAACGACACCGCUCAUCUUCUUCUUUCUCUAAUCAUCAUGGAUUACAUGCGUUCUUUCGUCGGCCGUAAGCCCAAGCGUACCCAGCUGCCAACGGUAGCUACGGACGACGUCUACCCGGUUCACUUCUUUGACGAUACGAAGCCUUUUCGGGAGAUGCUUCUGAAUUGGACGCUUCGCUUCGACGAUGUCCUCGACGCAGAGAAGCUCAAUCUUUCUCUUUCUCGUUUGAUCGAGAUUGGCGACUGGAGGAAGCUUGGCGGUCGCAUGAGGAUGACACCCGACAACCAACUUGAGCUUCAUGUCCCGAAGCAGUUCACACCUGCUCGCCCUGCCAUUCGCUUUUCCCACGAUGUGCACGACUUCAGCAUCAAAGAACACAAUGUUGCCAAGCACCUCCCCACUACCACCUCUACACCGUCUAUCCAGCCUGGUGUCAUCAACUUCUACAACCUCGGCGCCCGUCAAGACGCUCCCAAGACUCUCGAAGACCUCAUGUGCUCCGAUGAACCUCAGAUCGCUCUCCAUGUCGUCUCUUUCAACGAUGCAACCCUCGUCGGUCUCCUCUUUUCACACGUCAUGUUUGGCGCCGCGGGCAUGCAAGCCUUGGUGCAGGCCUGGUCGCAAGUCCUUGCCGGCCGUGAGGCAGAAGUCCCUGUUAUACACGGUGCUCAUAAGGACAUUCUCGACGACGUCGGCGUGGAUACUGAUCCUGAAAAGGAGGCGUACUUGCUUGACCAGCGACAACUCAAGGGUUUCCGCCACUUCAGGUUCAGCUUGCGGUUCCUCUGGGAUAUGUAUCGUCGUCCGGAAAUCGAGUCCAAAGUCCUCUGCCUGCCGGCCGACUUUGUCGCCGGCCUUCGCGCUCGCGCUAUGGCAGACCUGCACGCCAUGGACGAGAAGGGGUUAGGAACUGAAGAGGCGCCUUUCGUCAGUGAAGGCGACGUACUCACGGCAUGGUGGACCCGCCUUGUCUGCCUCGCUCGUGGAUCUAACCGACCUGUUACUGUUCUCAACGCUGUGGAUAUCACUGGCCGUCUCAAGUCUGUCUUCGCCCCCGGAAAGCUGUACGUUCAGAACUUUGCCCUCGGAACCUGGACCCUCCUUAGCUCUGCCGAAGUCCUCAAAGCCCCUCUCGGAUACGUUGCUCGCUGCUUCCGCCACGACAUUCAGACUCAAACCACGCCUUCUCAGAUCAUGGCUUUCAUGCGCCGUCUCCGUGCUGGAGGCCGGUGCAGUUCACAGCCGAUCUAUGGAGAUCCAAACAGUAUGCUCAUCAUUUUUACCAACUGGGCGCGUUGCAAGUUCUUUGACUGCAUCGACUUUUCUCCUGCCGUGAUACCGCGCAUUUCUGAACCAGUCACGGUCAACGGUGAUAUUCAAACCAAUGGACACACUACUGGCAGCGACCCAGAGAAGACCGCCGCCAAUGCCACCGUCACGGAAGUGCUCAACCGCCCUCCUCCCGGAAAGAUUGCUUAUCACCACUCUCUGGCCAGGACGCGCAGCAUCCUUUCUCGCAAUGUGUUUACCAUCCUCGGUAAGGAUCUCCAGGGCAACUACUGGAUCUCGGCCCUUGGACAUCCUGAAUGCUGGGACAAGCUCGAGAAGGAGGUGUCCAUGUCGUCCAUGGACGCGCUGAGAAACCUCAACCCCCCGUCUGCGAACUAGACACCCAUCAUUCACGUGCCAAUUUCCAUGACACGCGGGCCUUGUCUUUCCAGACGGGAAUCACAGCAUGAAUCAGUCACUCAUUGAGAUUCCCAGCCCCCUCUUGUCAGAAUCUAUUGUUUAAGCAAUUUCGCCAAUCCUUAGCCCGCAGCUUCGCAGGUGGAGAGAAUGAGAAUGAGAGAGUAAUGGGCCCAGGAUAAACUGAUUCCCAGGAGUUUUCGGGGCAUCUGGCUAGCUAGUCACGUUUUUUUCUUAUGCCGGUCACGUCUGGAAUUUUGGUCUGCAAUCCUUCCUUUGAGAGGGUUCUGCUUGUUCCGAUGUUGCUCUUUCGAUGAUGAUGAAUGGCGAGUGGAUGUAGAUGUAUUGUACGAUAUCCCAAUUGUACUGCUAUAA